GCGAGCCCAGCACUGCUCAGAAAAGACAGAUAGAGAAUCAGGCGGCUGCAAAGGGUGGCAGUACGACCCUCUUUUGGGGGGGUCUGAUUAUAACAAAAUAUAUACACACAUAUAUGCAUGCCCAGGGCCGCAAGAUAGGUCAUAUGCCGAUUGUAGAUAUUUUAGCAAACAUCUAGACGUAUAUCUAUACAUUUUAAAAUGCCUAUUUUACUUUUCCUGAUAGACACGUCCGCUUCUAUGAAUCAGCGCACUUAUUUGGGUACGACGUAUCUGGACAUUGCUAAAGGCGCGGUUGAGAUCUUUAUGAAGCUGCGUGCCCGAGACCCGGCUAGUAGAGGCGACAGGUACAUGCUAGUUACAUUCGAUGAUCCACCAUACGGCGUAAAGGCGGGUUGGAAGGAGAAUCAUGCCACAUUCAUGAGUGAGCUGAAGAACCUGCAGGCAUCUGGGCUGACUACACUGGGUCACGCUCUCCGCGCUGCCUUCGACCUGCUCAAUCUCAACAGACUAGUCUCUGGCAUCGACAACUAUGGUCAGGGUCGGAACCCGUUCUUUCUGGAGCCAUCGGUCAUUAUUACGAUUACAGAUGGUAACAAACUGACGCACAGCUCUGGUGUGGCUGAGGAGCUACAUCUGCCGCUGAAUUCCCCGUUGCCGGGUAGUGAGCUGACUAAGGAACCGUUCCGCUGGGACCAGCGACUCUUCGCCCUGGUCCUGCGGCUGCCAGGAGUGUCCGUGCCCGACAGCGAGCAGCUGGGCAGUGUGCCCACUGAUGAGUCUGCUAUCACCCAGAUGUGUGAGGUCACUGGAGGCCGCUCUUACUGUGUUAAGACGCAAAGGAUGCUGAACCAGUGUCUUGAGUCUCUCGUCCAAAAGGUUUUGAGUGGAGUUGUAAUACACUUUGAGAAGAGUGGUCCAGAUCCACCCAUGAUAGGUGAAGAUGGUCUUGUGGAUCCGGCUCGUCCUUUGUCGUCCUUCAGUCCGCAGCCCUGGCACAGCUGCCACAAGCUCAUUUACGUCCGGCCCAACCCCAAGACAGGUGUACCUGUGGGUCACUGGCCAAUCCCAGAAUCCUUCUGGCCUGACCAGAACUCCCCCACUUUGCCUCCUCGAUCUUCCCAUCCUGUGGUGAGGUUUUCAUGUGUCGACUGUGAGCCGAUGGUUAUUGACAAGCUGCCUUUUGACAAAUAUGAGCUGGAGCCGUCCCCGCUGACCCAGUACAUCUUGGAGAGGAAAUCUCCACACAUGUGCUGGCAGGUGUUUGUGAACUGCAGCGGCAAACACAGCGAUCUAGCCCACCCGUUCGGCUACCUAAAGGCCAGCACUACACUCACCUGUGUCAACCUCUUCGUUAUGCCUUACAACUAUCCCGUCCUGUUGCCACUCCUCGAUGAUUUGUUUAAAGUGCACAAGCUCAAGCCAAACCUCAAGUGGCGUCAGGCUUUUGAAAUGUACCUGAAGUCCAUGCCUCCUUACUUUCUUUUGCCUCUCAAGAAGGCACUGAGGAUGAUGGGAGCCCCAAAUCUCAUCUCUGACAACAUGGAUUGUGGCUUGAGCUACAGUGUCAUUUCCUAUCUAAAAAAACUCAGCCAGCAGGCAAAGAUUGAGUCAGAUCGUCUGAUUGUGUCUGUCGGGAAGAAGCCUCCUCAAGAGACGGGCAUCAAGGUGAAGAACCACUCGAGCGCCCUAUCUUUGGCAUACCGCCGUGAUUUCAAGCAGCUCCUGCAAGGCAUCAUGGGCGAGGUACCCCUCAGACUCAUCGACAUGAACUUCAAAGAGUUUGCUGGAUUCCAGAUUGCACUUCUCAACAAGGAUUUGAAGCCCCAGGCCUAUAGAAACGCUUAUGAUAUUCCGCGACGGAACCUUCUAGAUCAAGUGACUCGGAUGCGUUCCAACCUUUUAAGGACAACACAGAAGCUGAUCAGAGGCCAGGAUGAAGACUCCUUGCACAGUAUUCCUGUGGGGCAGAUGGGCAAUUAUCAGGAGUAUCUUAAGAUGAUGCCAUCACCUCUGCGUGAAAUUGAUCCAGACCAGCCCAAACGAUUGCACACGUUCGGCAACCCGUUCAAACAGGACAAGAAGGGAAUGAUGAUAGAUGAAGCAGAUGAGUUUGUAACAGGGCCACAAAAUAAGAAGCGAAGUAACACGGGGGAUCUAAACUCAGGCACUGCCCUGAAGAGGCGGAGGAGUAUGUCCCCACUGUUGCGCCGGCCCCAAACCCCUCCAAUAAUAACCAAUCACGUACUGGGCAAGGGCCCCACAGGGACUCAAGGCCAGCAAGGAAUCAUUAAACCCAUCCCACUACACAAAGGAGCCGAAGGAAACAGUGUAGGGGGCACAGAAAGCAAUGGGGAGCAGGUGCCAAGCGGGGAUUCUGGAGAUGGGUGGCCUGGAGGAGUGGAUGGAGAGGGAGGAGGACCUGCACCUGUGGAGGACAGAGGAGAAGUGGAGGCACCAGACGGCGAGGAGGAGAGAAUAGGACUGGAGAACUGUCUGGAUGAGAGACCCUCUGAUCACACACAGAACUGUGAGGACCUGAGUCCUCCAGGCCAGGAGGGGGCGACGGAGGGCAAUGGAGGAGACACGCCAGCACAGGGCACAAUCGUUAUGAUUCCCCUGGAGGGGAGUAACGCCGAGCUGCGCACUCGAGUCAUCAAAGAGGUCCGCAAGCCUGGCCGUAAUUAUGAGGGAAUAUUCAGGUUACUGGAGGAGGUGAAGGGGCCAGCGUCAGUGCAGAGGUACUUUAUUCAUCAUGCCAUCAAAGAAGCAGCCAGGUUUAAGAAGCGUGUGCUGAUCCAGCAGCUGGAGACGGCUCUGGAGGAGAUUGAAGAAAAACAGAUGUUGCCCGCACAACUCAACAACAUCCACAGCAGAUAGUGGGACGUCACAUCUCACUGAGUGACACACGAGACCAUGGAGAAGUGGCAGAGCUUGCCGACUGAGCACACGGGUUUGAGCCCGACCCAUCAGCCUCAGUACGUAGCGAUGGAGGAUGGAGGCCUGUCUGGCUCACGCUCUGGGUCCAGGCGCUUCCAGUUACUGAAUUGUGUCAAAACUCUGAAAGAGUGCUCACAAUGGAGAGAGGUUCCAGGUUUGACAGGGGCUUUCUGUUAAUUUGUAGGCUUUGGGGCCUGAAAAUGACUUAAUUUAACCAUAAAAUAAUAAAUAAUGAACAAGCACACUCCAGAAAAACCAAGCCUCCCCCACUGUGUGAUAUUACAGGGUCAUCCGAGGCAGAGGUCAGAGUCUGUCACGUGAUUACUGUGUCUAUAUAUUGUCUGUCCACUGUUAUUUGGCAUUAAUGGAUAGUUCAAAGCAGAUAAUAGUAUGGAAAAUCUAAGAUUGAUUUGUGUUUGCAUGAAAUGCCCACAAGUCAUACAACUUCAAAGCAGUCUGGAUCAGGAACUACACUAUUGUAGACUUCUCAAGAGCAAUAACCCUACAAUCAUCAGUACACCAAGCUCAAUUUUACUCCCUAAGUGUGGAAAACACAUGCAGUUAUGUAAUGCAGAUUUUUCAGAAGAAUGUCCUCGUGACUUCUGAGAUUCGGUAUGAGAUUUGGUAGCUGGGCUGUUGUUGUAUUUGUGAUGAUACGUAAUGUCAUGUAGAUGAGCAUCAUUCAGUGUCCUAUAAGCAAUAGUGUCCAAUGAAAAUACAAACACCCUGUCCAGAAAAAACAACAACAACACACAAUCAGGAAAUGCCAACUAUUGUGUGAAACGAACUGGUCCACAGCAGAGUUCUGAUUGUGUCCAGUAUGUGGUCACCUGACAUGUUUGGUCAUCCUACGCUUCUUAUCAGGGGAGAAGUCGCAGACUCCUAAGUUUCAUUUCACAGACGCAAGUUACAUUAGUGACCCCGUUCUUGUUUGUUUUGUGCAUUUUUAAAAACAGAUGUGUACUACUUUUUAAUGUUCAUAAAAAAUAUAGAUUAUUUUUGGAUGGUAUUCCUACAAGAACAUAAAAAAUAUUUUAAGAAUUGUAUAAAACAUUUUGUAAACUGAUAUUAUAUAGACAAAGUUUUAUGAUUUUUUUAUAAAAACAAUGAAAAUGAAAAAUAAAAACAUUACAAAAGAAAA